AUGCAGCUUCCGAAUAUCGAGAACCAGCCAAACGGGUCUUCUGGGUCAUCGCAGCGAGCCCAACCUUCGAAAGACCAUGACCAUCCGGCAAUUGCAAUCAUCGGCAUUGGUGGCAAAGAUGAGCCUGCCACUUCUGUGGGACCAGGGGGAUACUUCCUGCAAGAUGACAUACGCCAAUUCGACAAUCAAUUCUUUGGAAUCAACAACCGAGAAGCUGCCGAUAUGGAUUCGCAACAGCGAAAUCUACUCGAGGUUGUCUUUGAAUGUUUUGAAAGUGGAGGUCAUCCUCUAAGUAAAGUUUCCGGUGCUCAAAUUGGAUGCUACGUUGCUACUUUUUUGCAGGACUUCGCUGCACUACAGAGCAAAGACGUUGAAUGGGUGACUCGCUACUCAGGAACAUGGAUAGGAAUAACCAUCUUGCAAAUCGGGUGA